AUGGCUUCAUACGACAGCGAGUACGACACCCUGCGUGCGACUUUUGCUUCCCAACGCACCAAGUCCAUCAAAUGGAGAAAAUGGCAGCUGAAGCAGUUCUGGUGGAUGUUGGAAGAUAACGAGCAGCGCUGGCUGGAUGCCUUAACCACUGAUCUCGGCCGCCACCCUUUCGAGUCGGCCACCUUUGAGAUCCAAAGCUACAAGCGCGACGUUCUUCGUGCACUGGAGAACGUCGAGAAGUGGGCAGCUGGCAGUGCCCCGGAUGGCGCUGGCUUGUUCUUUGGCAAGAUAGGCCAGGCCUGGUUGAGGAAGGAGCCACUCGGUGUUGCCCUCAUCAUUGGCGCUUUCAACUUUCCCCUGGCUACUUUAGUAAACCCUGCCAUCGGUGCGGUCGCGGCCGGCAAUUGCGUGGUCCUGAAGCCUUCUGAGCUGUGCAAAGCAACCCAAGACCUCCUUAUCGAGCUGGCUCCCAAGUACCUGGAUAACUCAGCCAUCAAGGUCAUCACUGGUGGCGCCGAUGAGGUUGGCAAGCUCCUCGGGUACAAGUGGGACACUAUCUUCUACACAGGCGGUAGCAAAGUCGCCCGUAUUAUCGCGAGCGCCGCAGCCAAGAACUUGACGCCCGUCACCCUCGAACUCGGUGGCCAGGAUCCUGUCAUUGUCGGCAAAAGCGCCAAUGUCGAUCUGGCGGCCAAACGCAUUGCCAAUGCUAAAUUCGUCAACGCAGGCCAGGUCUGUGUGAACGCUAACCAUAUCUUCGCCGACCCUGCCAUUCACGACCAGCUGGUGGAACGUCUGAUCUACUGGAACAAGGAGUUCACCAAGACCGACGGCUCACUCGCUAGCAUUGUCAACGAACGGCAUUUCGAUCGCAUCUCCAACCUCCUCAAGGGCACUAAGGGUGAUGUUGUCUAUAGCGGAACUUCCGACCGCACCAAGCGGUAUAUCCAUCCUACCGUGGUCAAAAACGUCCAGCUCAACGACUCUCUGAUGAGUGAAGAGUUGUUUGGUCCUAUCGCUCCUGUAUUAUCCUCGACCGUUGACGAUGCUAUUAGUGUGGUCAACUCGAUGCCGCACGCACUUGCGCUUUAUAUCUUUAGCAAUGACAAGGCUGAAAUCGACAAGAUUCUCGAUGCAACCAAUUCCGGCGGUGUCACCAUCAACGAUGUGAUGAUUCAUGUAGCUGUCCCCGGUGCACCUUUUGGAGGUGUGGGCGAGUCAGGCAACGGCGCUCAAGGUGGCAAAUAUACAUUUGACGCCUUUUCUCAUACUCGCACUGUCUUGAGUAUGCCUGGCUGGAUGGAGAAGGUCUUGAGCUUUCGGUAUCCGCCCUUUGAUUUGAGCAAGAUGGGGAUGGCCAAAGUGAAGGGCGGAAGCCUUAUCGGCAAGAGAGGCCAGACUAUGGAAGAGCAGACUGUGGGUGGUGGCUUCAGUGCCACCGGAGUGAUUGGCAAGGCCUUGCUGGUUACAGCCGUGCUGGUCGGCUUGGACCGCGCCAGUGGCGGCAGGAUGUUGAUCACUAAGACUUUAGGUGAUGUUUUGCAGCGUGUCCGACGAUGA